ACUCAGCGGAGAACCGCGCCUGGUGACGUCACCGGGGCGCGAGAGGAAACUCGAGCUGAAAACGCCGAACCUACAGCAGACGCGCCACCAAAAGAGCCGUCCGUCCGGCCGCGCGCGCGAAUACCUGCGCGUCCCUGUGGAUCUAUGUGACACCUGUAUGGGGGAAUCGGAGCUUUUACCGCCCUUCUGUCUGCGCGUGGAACUGGCUGGCAUUCUGGGAUGGAACUUAAUUUGUCUAAGAAUGUCAUCUCUUGUGGAGAUCCAGGUGGGAUGAAUCUGGAAAGGAUUUCCGAGGCAGUGAGACCACAGGCGGCGCGCGACAUGGCCUCCACCUUCCACGUGCCCAGGAGCUCGAGCAGCAAGAGGGACCCCCUGGAGCACUCGAGCAGCGACUCGUCGGACCCCGAGACGGCAGAUAAGGAGCGGAACGCGGAGCAGAGGCCCGAGGACGGACACUCCGAGGACCCCAAGAAGAAGAAGCAGCGGCGGCAGCGGACGCACUUCACGAGCCAGCAGCUGCAGGAGCUCGAGGCCACGUUCCAGAGGAACCGCUACCCGGACAUGAGCACGCGCGAGGAGAUCGCCGUGUGGACGAACCUCACGGAGGCCCGGGUUCGGGUGUGGUUUAAAAAUCGCAGGGCCAAGUGGAGGAAGCGGGAGCGGAACCAACAGAUGGACCUGUGUAAGAACACCUAUCUUCCGCAGUUCAGUGGCCUCAUGCAGCCCUACGAUGAAAUGUACCCAGCCUACACCUACAACAACUGGACCAACAAAGCUCUGGCCCCUGCACCCUUGUCCACCAAGAACUUUCCCUUCUUCAACUCCAUGAGUCCCCUCACGUCCCAGUCCAUGUUCUCAGCCCCCAACUCCAUCUCCUCCAUGAGCAUGGCCUCCGGCAUGGGCCACUCGGCCGUGCCUGGGAUGCCCACCUCCGGCUUGAACAACAUCAGUAACCUUAAUGGUAUUGGGAGCUCGACCAUCAACUCGGCGAUGUCCUCCUCCACCUGCCCCUAUGGACCCCCGGCCUCGUCGUACAGCGUGUACAGGGACACGUGUAACUCCAGCCUGGCCACCCUGAGACUGAAGUCCAAGCAGCACCCCACAUUUGGAUAUAGUGGGCUGCAGAGUCCAGGCUCGAGCCUGAAUGCCUGUCAGUACAACAGUUGACCUUUUAGUCCAGAUUAACCAUCAAGUCAAUGGACCUUCACACAGACCUACAACCAAAACUUAACUGGAUUGGCUGCAGUCGCUUAAAAAUGGAUUAUGCGGGUUUUAUAUGAUGACUUAUAAACUUGCACAACAAAACCAUCCAUGACUUUGGAUUUCAUAGUGAUGAAGACAUUUGUUACAUAGCCACACUGUAUAUACGGAACAAAGGAUCCAUUGUCCAUCUUUAGCUUGCUUUGAAGACUUUAAACUAUCUGAAACUUGCUUUUCUUGUUGGAUGGGGAAAAAAAUGAUGAUGAAAAUAAUUAAAAAAAAAAAAAAACUUGCGAGGAUUUAAUACGGUAAAAGAAGUUAAAUAGUUAUAUGUGCAUUUUUAUACCGGCCUUCUGUGUGUAACUGUUCUUUUUUAACGAAGUGCAGGAAACACACUGUCGUUUUACAAAAACCAUCCAGCAUUAUGUCAGUGGAACAACUUGGAC